AUGAUUCAUGCAGUAUGGAGUUGUAAAAACCUGGAUGGUGUGUGGGAUAAGGACAUCACAUGGAAUUUUUGGAACCAGACUUCUUUUUCCAACUUCAGUGAAUUGAUGGCUUGGGUAUUUGAACAUCAACCGAAGCCAGCUCUCUUUGCUUUCACAGUGUGGACCAUUUGGACUCAAAGGAACCAGGUGCGCUCUCAACAGCCAUGUUGCUCCUUGAACAUUCUUUCUCAAUUAGCAGCUGAGAGAUAUUCAGAGUUUCAAGCCAUCUUACCGCCACCUCCACCUAGCCGACCACGCAUAAGAACACAUUGGAAGCCACCCCCAUUGGAUAUCUUCAAAAUUAAUUUUGAUGGAGCCGUUUUUGCCGAAGAAAAUUGUUCAGGUGUGGGAGUUAUUGUCCGUAACAGAGAAGGCUUAGUGAUUGCAGCCAUGUUAGAAAAAAUUCCCCAACUCCUCCAGCCAAUUGAAAUUGAGGCUAUGGCAGCCACAAGGGCUCUUGAGUUUGCUAGGGAGGUGGGCAUCUCAGAAGCUGUUCUUGAGGGAGAUUCGUUGCUGGUGAUUAAGGCGUUAGAAACCAAGGACGUUGGACUUGCUCCAUUUGGUCUUUUGAUUCAGGAUGCCUACAGUUUCAUUCCAGCUUUUUCUUUAUUGUCUUACUCUCAUACAAAGAGAAAGGGCAACCUAGUAGCGCAUGAUUUGGCGAAGUUAGCUGUUACUAUCCCAAAUUGUGUAAUAUGGAUGGAAGAUGUUCCAUCAGACGUUGUUGAUUCUUAUCAGGCUGAUUUGGCCAGGUUUUCUUAA